GGCAUUGCUUCAUAGACUGUCCUCAGGAUCACUUUCAGAAGAGCAAGGCAGCUCAACUGUUCUCAUUGGCUUCUCCUGCUGGUACCCGGAGCGCGACGAUUCCAAAGAUGAAUGCCACAGAGGUCACAGACACCACCCAGGAUGAAACUGUGUACAAUAGUUAUUACUUCUACGAAAGCAUGCCAAAGCCUUGCACCAAGGAAGGUAUCAAGGCAUUUGGGGAGGUCUUCCUGCCUCCUCUCUACUCCUUGGUCUUCUUGUUGGGUCUGUUUGGAAAUUCUGUUGUGGUUCUGGUCCUGUUCAAAUACAAGAGGCUCAAGUCCAUGACGGACGUGUACCUGCUGAACCUGGCCAUCUCGGAUUUGCUGUUCGUCCUGUCCCUCCCAUUCUGGGGCUACUACGCCGCCGACCAGUGGGUUUUUGGACUAGGUCUGUGCAAGAUCGUUUCAUGGAUGUACCUGGUGGGCUUCUACAGCGGCAUCUUCUUCAUCAUGCUCAUGAGCAUAGACAGAUACCUGGCCAUCGUGCACGCGGUAUUCUCCUUGAAGGCAAGGACCCUGACCUAUGGCGUCAUCACCAGCCUGAUCACGUGGUCAGUGGCUGUGUUUGCCUCCCUCCCAGGCCUCUUGUUCAGCACUUGCUACACAGAGCACAACCACACGUACUGCAAAACCCAGUACUCGGUCAACUCGACGACGUGGAAAGUCCUCAGCUCCCUGGAGAUCAACGUCCUGGGGCUGCUUAUCCCCCUGGGCAUCAUGCUGUUUUGUUAUUCCAUGAUCAUUAGGACUCUGCAACACUGCAAGAAUGAGAAGAAGAACAGAGCAGUGCGCAUGAUCUUCGCCGUGGUGGUCCUCUUCCUCGGCUUCUGGACGCCGUACAACGUGGUGCUUUUCCUGGAGACGCUGGUGGAGCUUGAAGUCCUUCAGGACUGCACCUUGGAGAGGUACCUAGACUACGCCAUCCAGGCUACAGAAACCCUGGCCUUCAUUCACUGCUGCCUUAACCCCGUCAUUUACUUCUUUCUCGGGGAGAAAUUCCGCAAGUACAUCACCCAACUCUUCAGAACAUGCCGGGGUCCCCUCGUGCUCUGCAAACACUGUGACUUCCUCCAGGUCUACUCGGCUGACAUGUCCAGCUCCUCUUACACGCAGUCCACUGUGGAUCAUGACUUCCGUGACGCUUUGUAAGGUGUGAGUGGGGGUAACAUGGCGUUAACAAGCUCCACACACCCAGCACCUGCUCGCCUUGUUUCAGUCAGGGUGCCCUGAACAGGGCUCUGAGGAAGAAAACAAGUAAAACCAAGACCAUGGCAAGAUGGCUUCUCACCCUGCAGGUGGCUCCCAAGAGGUUCAGAGCCCUGCUGGGUGGAGGAAAUCACCCCUUCAUGACAAUGAGCCCUUGAGUGGAUCUCUAGUUUUGUUGAACUACCUAGAAUUCUUGGACAUGCUGUAUUCCAUAAAGCCAGAUGUCUGGAGAAAUGAGGAUCUGACAUCUUGAUUCUCUUAUUAUAGAGGAUGCUUCAUUGAAGCCUGGUUACAAGCGUAGAGAUAAGGGUGUUGGGACAAUCCCUUCUCCACUUAACACAAGGUGUGUAGAACACACAUCGGUUGAAAUGUCCGUGCAGUUUGGCUUUCUGGUAUGUUUUAAUUGUGAUAGGUGUUUGUUCAGCUUGUAGAAGAAGCUCGUCGGUGCAGAGAAGGGUGAAAUGCCCUUGUAAUUCUAGCUACUCCGGGGAUAAGGCCAAGAGAUCUUAGAUUCAAGGAUGGCCUGGACAAUACAGUGAAAGCCUGUCCCCAAACCAAACCAAACCAAACCCAAACCCAAAUCAAAACCAAAUGAAAGGCAAGCAAUACCCCAAAAGUUAGCUCUGAAAUGCUCUUGUGAGCACCCUAAGUUCAUCUUUCUUUUCAUUUUCUUUUAUUUACGCCUUCUCUUUCCUUCUCCUUCUUCUUUCUCCUUCUUCUUGUCCUCCUUCUUUCUUCUCCUCCUUCUUUCUUCUUUUCUUCUUCUUCUUCUUCUUCUUCUUCUUCUUCUUCUUCUUCUUCUUCUUCUUCUUCUUCUUCUUCUUCUUCUUCUUCUUCUAACUGUUAUUGGGUAUUGGGCAUGGUGGAGGCAGAGGCAGGAGUAUCUCUGAGUUCGAGGCCAGCCUGGUCUACAAAUCUAGUUCCAGGACAGAUAGGGCUACACAGAGAAACCCUGUCUUGCAGAAACAAACAAACAAACAAGCAAGCAAACAAACAAAUGUAAACUGGAUGAGCCUGUGGUGGGCACACCUUUAAUCCCAGCGCUCGACAGGCCAGGCAGGUGGAUUUCUGUAAGUCGAGGCCAGCCUGGUCUACAGAGCUAGUUCCAGACCAGCCAAGGCUAUUUAGUGAGACUUUGUCUUGAAAAGAAAGGAGGAAAGAAAGAAAAUAGUAAAUGUAUUAAUAAAGUAUGACAAUAUUCCUUUAAUCACUUUAAAGGGUCAUGUCAACUACUGAGACACAAAUAAUCACUUAAAAAUCAUUAUAGGUAGGGUGUUAAAAUAACUAUCAAAUUAUGAAGUUGUAAAAAACAUCCUUUGUAAAAUAUUGGCUCCAGUUUCUGAAUAUUAGUUGUAUUAAAAGUUAGAACAGUUAGGGCAUGACGGUACUCACCUUUAAUUUCAGCACUCCAGAGGCCAGGGGAGGAGUUCAAGUCUCGCCUGGUCUACAGCAUGAGCUCCAGGACAGAUAACAUUAGAACAGUUAUUCUUACGUUAUCUUAAUUGUUUAAUGUGUUAGAUCAUUAAAGUUAUUUGCUAAG